UUCGGCCCAGCACCCAUCAUGGCCAUACCACAGGCCGUCGUCGCCGUCGUCGCCAUGGUCAGCCGCACGUCUCCGAGUCCAGCUCGCGGCAGGUCGCCGCCGUCUCCGAUCCCACUCCGGCCAUCUUUCCCCCUCUUUUUUCGCGAGAUUUUUUUCUUAACAAAAAAGAUUUCCUUAAACCAGAAUCCCCGAGGCUUACGUAUCCGACUCGCACGAGGUGCUUCGUGCGCGCGAUAUAUAUACCGGCUCGAUCGUAACCGACGCCAGCACCCGCGAUCCGCCGGAAAAACUCGAGUUUGGUAAAUUCAUCCUCCCAUCACCGCGUCCGCCGGCCGGAAGCAUCGCAUCUGUGUCUCGCGCCGGCGCAGGACGGACGACCAUGGACAUCGCGGAGUACGUCGCGUUCAUGGCCGGCGGCGGCCGGGGCCCGCGGGGCGAGGAGCUGCGGCGGAGGGCCAAGGACCACCUGCUCGCCUCCGGGUGGACCUUCUACAGGUUCGCCAAGUGCGACGGCCGCCAGGAGCUCCGCUACCGCGCGCCCCACGGCGCCUCCUACAUCUCCCUCAUCGUCGCCUGCAAGAAGUUCCAGCUCUUCAGCACCGCGCCCCCGAGGACGACUGCUCGUGGGAAGCCGAGCAAGAAGCGCGCGGCGCCGGAUUGUUCGUCCGGGGUGGGGAAGGAGAUCGCUCGUGUGAUAAGCCCGAUCGGUGCGGAAAAUGGCGGCCGUAAGCGGGGCUUUGGAGGCGGCGAGGACGUGUGUGGGCCGGCCGUCGGCAAUCCGUUCGCCGGCGAGUGCCCCGCGAGGCGCCGGAAGGUGAGGAGGGUGUCCGCGCUCUACGCCGACGACGCCCUCAAGAAGUACGCCGCCAAGAAGAAGAGGAAGAAAGCGUCGGCGUCUCCCCAGAGUCCUGCGUCUCCCCCGGCGUCUCCCCAGAGUCCUGCGUCUACCGCGGCGUCGCCGUCGCGCGUGCUGCGGCCGAGGACGAAAGACGGCGACAAGGCACAGGCGGCGGCGGCGGCGGCGUGCCAGCCGACCCGCGCGAGGACGAUCCUCGCCGUGCUCAUGGACAAGAAAAUCCUUCCCCCGACGGCAAAGCUGUCCUACAAGCGAACCAGGGACGGGCCUCCGGCCAAGCAGGGCACGGUCACUGUGCAAGGGACCAUACGGUGCGCGUGCGGCUGCGGCGGCAAGGCCUUCACCGUGGCGGAGUUCGCGGCGCACGCGGGAGGGUGCGGCGCCGAGCGGCCGUCGGCGAGCGUGUACCUCAACGACGGCAGGUCGCUGUCGCAGUGCCUGGUGCAGCUGAUGCGCGCCCACGGCGGCAACAUGCUGCCCACAGGCUCGCCGUCGCCGCGCGCGAGGCUGAAGCGCAGAUGCCCGCCCGAGCUGGGGGACGGCGACUGGGUGUGCUCCGUCUGCGCCGACUUCGGCGACAUGCUGCUCUGCGACUGCUGCCCCUCCACGUUCCACCACGGCUGCGUCGGCCUCGACGCCACCCCGCAGGGGGAGUGGUUCUGCCCUUCCUGCCGGUGCGCCGUCUGCGGCUCCAGCGAGUUCGAGCCCGACGACGGCGAGUUCACCGACAAGACGGUGAUCUACUGCGACCAAUGCGAACGAGAGUAUCAUGCCGGCUGCAUCAGGGGCAGAGGCGACCAGCUCGAGUGCUGCCCGGAAGGGCCAUGGCUGUGCAGCCAUGACUGCUCGAACAUUUUCCAGCGUCUGCAAGGGCUGGUUGGAAGAUCAAUGCCAACCUCAGUGGAAGGCGUAACCUUCACCGUGUUGAGAUCGACGAACCUCCCCGAGGAGGAGGGCAUGGCGGCCGAGGAGCACGGGAAGCUGUGCGCGGCGUUCGACGUGCUCCACGAGUGCUUCAUCACCCUCAUCGAGCCGCAGACGCGGACCGACCUCAGCCACGACAUCGUCUUCAACAGAGAAUCGGAGCUGAGGCGGCUCAAUUUCCGGGGAUUCUACGUGGUAGGUCUCGAGAAAGGUGGCGAGCUCAUAACCGUGGGCACGCUCAGGGUGUAUGGGAAGAAGGUUGCGGAGCUGCCGCUCAUCGGGACCCGGUUCGUGCAUCGCCGGCAAGGGAUGUGCCGCCUCCUCAUAAACCAACUGGAAAAGUUGCUUGGCGAGUUGGGGGUGGAGAGGCUUGUGCUGCCGGCGGUGCCCGAGCUUCUACCGACAUGGACCGGAUCCUUCGGUUUCCAAUCCAUGAGUCAUUCCGACAAGAUGGAGAUUGCAGAGCACACCGUCAUGUGCUUUCAGGGAACCACGAUGUGCCAGAAGUUCAUCGUCGGCACGGCGACUCCAUGAAGAUGAAACAUGCUGCUACUAUGUAGGAGUAGAAAUCAAGAGUUGAGAGUGAGAUGGCAAGAUUGAGCUACUCAUAUUUGUCAGGAGAGGAUCAAUACACUGACAUACUGGCUGUACAUUAGUUUGGUACUACUGCUACUAUGUAGAAAUCAAGAGUUCAGAGUGGGAUGGCAAGAUUGAGCUACUCAUUUGUCAGGGCAGGAUCGAUACA